UUAUCACAUUUCUCUCCUUUUUUGUAUGUUCCGUUUGUGUUGUACAAGACGUCAAUCUUCUUCGUUCCUUGUGUGCUCGUAUAGAUUUGUGCAUUCUCGCAUUCCUCCUGGUGUCAAGCAUCCCUCCAUCUUUGCACCCUCACCGCCGACAACCAUGGCUCCUCCACCGCAACCGGAGCUACCACAUCCCGCCCAUCUGGACCGCGAUUCUGCGUUGGGUCGCAAGUUCGGUAAAGAGGUCACCAACUAUUUUGGAGGCUCGCCUUUGAAUAGACUGUCAUUCCUUAGAGAAGAUUACGAAUUCCUUGCAAAAGCGUUCGCGCACCCUACCACGAAGUUCUUGGUGUUCAAGACCUUGUCUCCUCUGAUCAAGUCACCCACCGAGAUUCAUUAUGCCACUUAUGACGAUAUCAAGUCCCUCGUCCCUUCGAACCCGUUUGAGAAAUCGGAGAAAGAAACAUUGGAGGACUUUGACUCCCGGGUGGACACGCCGCAGUUGGUUUUCUUAGGUGUCGACGAGAGUGUGAAGGAUGGCUUGAAUUUCAGACAUUUCUGCGGGGCUCCGCAUUGGGCGAUCGAUAUUACGCCAAAGCCGACGUACGAAAAGGAGGCAAACGAACUGAACGAAAAGUUUUUGGCGUCAGGGCUGAAAUUCAGCGAGGGAAUGAGAGCCAUGAGUUUCCCUGCUGACGUUGCCGCUGAGUACGCUCAAGGACGACAUUAUCUUGAUUGGAACUUUCGCAAUACUUACUGCGGCACCUGUGGACACAAGACGCUUUCCGUACAUGCUGGGGGUAAACGAGUAUGCCCGCCAAAGGACAAAGCCAGAAACCCACCAGAAAGAGAUGCCUGUUCGACUCGCACGACACUGUCGAACCUCACAUUCCCCCGAACUGAUCCGACUAUUAUAGUGGCGGUCCUUAGUCAUGACAGCAAGCGAUUGCUCCUCGGCCGCCAGAAACGAUGGCCUCCGUAUUGGUUCUCGACGUUAGCGGGAUUUAUCGAGCCCGCUGAAAGUGUUGAGGACGCUGUGCGCAGAGAAGUCUGGGAAGAAAGUGGUGUUAUCUUGUCCCGGGUGUUGAUACACUCUACGCAACCCUGGCCAUACCCUGCCAACCUCAUGAUCGGUGCCAUCGCACAGGUGGCAAGCCCCGAAGACGAGGAGAUCAAGCUUGAACACGACCCAGAGUUGGAGAUGGCAAAGUGGUUCAGUUUGGAAGAGAUUCAGGAGGCGUUGAAGAACGGCACCAGUGGGCUGGGUGAAGACGCUCCGAAAGAAUAUAAGGAGGGCAAUCUGAGAUUACCACCGCCAACUGCUAUCGCGAACCAAUUGAUAACGGCUGUCGUUCAGGGCGGCUUCCUCGAAGGUGUAACGCCGCUGGCGACAGCUAACAAGCUGUGAGUAUAACCUUGUCAACAUCUGGAUUUUGGAUCUGUCGACAGAUAGCGCUGAAGUUUAGAACCCUCAUCUUGAGUUACUAGGUCUGAUCAGAAAUAGGUCAUGAUAGAAACUGAACAAUCCGACCAGCUUUAUUGACUGUCCUUUCGAAAUAAGUUUUGUCCGCCUGGUAGAAAUCUUACGAUGAAUCGGCUGCUGGUAAUCGGGACAAUAUUCCCACAUGCCCGAAGGUGCAAGAAAUUCAGACUGAAGCUCAUAGAUGAAUGGGAGGAAAUAGAUACUCCCAAGACUUAAAACUUG